AUGACGAGUCCAGACUCGUGGCGCACGCUGCUUCCCGAUGACGACCCUUACUUUGCCUCCGAAGCAAAGUUGCGCGACUCUCACGUCAAGCGCACCGCCUCGCCUCACAUGCUGCCGCCAUCCCAAAACGCGUUCGACAUCGACACCUACGCCGCAGCCAAGGCUUCGCCGCUCGUCAUCAACCACGAUCACAUGUCCACCUACUCCUCGGGCACGGUUCGCACCUCGUUCAGCAGCGCAAGGAGCGGUUUCUCCACCAUGUCCAUGGCUGGCCUCGGUCGCUCGUCCAUGCAAAGUCAAGAUUCGGCAAGAUCAGACAGCUGGAGGAGUCUUCUCCCCGACAAUGAUCGCUUCCACGCCUCGCGUCAUACCACCGCCCCGCCCUUGUCGCAAGACCCGGCUGCCUCGUCCGUCAUCGCAUCGCCUUCGCUCUCCGACCACCUCGACUCGCCCACGUCCUUCGACGCCACCAACCAUCGUUCGGCCUUCUUCGCUCUCGAUGCGCCGCGUCUCAGCCACAGCAUACUGUUGAACGAUCCCGAAGCGGCUGCGCGACGCCACGCCAGCUUCUCGAGCGUCGAGCCCAACAACUCGAAGCAGUUUACCGAGACGCGCAAUAUGCUCGCUUCCAUGCGAGACUCGUCGGCCAAGUCUGGUCCCGUCCAGUCCACCUUGGAAAUGUUUCAAGCUUCCGCUCUUCCGAGCACAUCCUCUUCGUCUUGCUCAUCGUCGCGCGAAGCUCGCAAUCCGCUCGACGCGCCCAACAUGACACCAGAGCUCUCGCAAUCCACGGUUGCCGACGACAACGAUGAUGAUGACGCGAGGGAGCGCGACAGCUGGCCCACCAGUCGCAACGGCCGACGCAUCGCGCAAGGUGUCUCUUCGCCUGCCUCCACCGGCCCCUUGACCCCAGAGGCGGGUCAGGCGCCUCACUCCACGUCGUCCAUGACGGCGGCACUAAAGCAAGAGACAGACGACACGCUUCGCGCCCCCAGCCCUUCGCACGUUUCCGAGACGUCCGACAGCAUCCUCGAGGCGACGAACGUUGGUCUUUUGGCCACCACCACAACCACCACGACCAAGACCACCACGAGCACAAGAACCCACUUGGUUUCAGAUGCGUCGGAUCAACUCGCGCCGCAACAGUCAUGGUCCGAAGCCGGCGUCGGUCGGGACGCUGAUGCUGCCGGCGUUUCAUGCGACGAGGUGGAGAAGGACGACGACGACGACUCGCUGCCGCAGAGCUCGCCGAUGAGAGCACGCAACUCGUCGUGCAGCAUCUCGACGCCGAUCAGCCCGCCGUCGCUACCAUUCUUGGAGCGUCGACCGGCGCCUCCUGAGACCGACUUGGUAAUCGAGACGGAGCGACACCACUAUACCCUCGUGACACGCCUUCCCGGCUUCUCGCUUGACUGCAUCACGCUUGUCACGAAACGUCAUUCGCAAGACCGCACGCUGCACAUCAUCGCCGACAGGUGGGACGCCGAAGGAGGCGGACACUUUGAGCGCCGCAUCACCUUUCCCGACAAGGAGUGCGAUCUGAUCAACGUCAAGGCCGAAUUCGACGGGCACACGCUGCGGGUGCGCGUGCCCCGCAAACCGGCCUCUCGAAGCUUCAGCUCUGCCAGCAGUGCCACUUUCUAG